AUGAGUCUCGUUCUGUUCGUCCAGAUACCCGUUGCUGCGAACUGGGCAACCCGGGGAAUCCUGCGCCUCGCGUCGCGCAGUGCGAAUGGAGCUGAAGCAUGCCGUGGCUGUCAUGAGGGCGAACCUGGAAAUAAGCUGCUCAUCAAACAGAUGCAGGAGGGCUUCGAGAACGUGACCCUGAUCUCGGUCGGACGUCAAAACUUCUCACUUCACCUAAAACAUGAGACUCGCCAAGCGCAGCGUGCUUCUUCAACACUGGCCACCUCAGCACUUCAUGAGUAUGAUCACAAGGACGGUCGCCUCAACGCUGGAGGGAUGGUGGCGAUGGCCUGA